UAAUGUUAUCUAUGACAUUAAAAAUAAAAGUGGUUUGACGUGGUGGGAUGAUGAGAAGAAAAUGGUGAUUAUACCCGCUAGUGAGCAAAAAGUAUGGAACGACUAUGUUACGGCUAAUCCAGAUGCAAAAGGCUACCAGAAUCGUUUGAUUGAAAAUUGGGAUGACAUUAUGGUGUUAUGUGCAAAAGAUAGAGCCAACGGUGAAGGUGCAGAAACUUUUGAAGAGGCUGCUAACACAAUGCAACAUGAUGAAUCUGUGGCACAAUCUGAAACAAACGAAGAUGGAAGCUCUUCAAGGAAACAUCUUCCUGGAACAUCAACUAGUGGUGAGACAAGUUCAAAGAAACAAAAGAAGGGGGAUAAAUUGGUUGAUUCACUUGCAGUGAUGGCAGCUUCUGUGACUGAGUAUUUUAAUGAGAGAAAGAAGGAAGUAGUAAGAAAACCACCAACCGGUGAGGAGAUUCAUCAUGUGGUCUCAAAAAUACCCAACUUAAGUCGCAUUCAAGUGUUCAAGGCAUUUGAGAAGCUAAUGGAUAGCAACCCAGAAAAAUUUUAUUUGUUGAAGUCACUUCCUGAUGAUGAAAAAAGAGAUUUCAUUCUCUUUAUUCUUAAGGAACAACUACUUGGCAUUCAUUCUGACAAUUCAUUGAACAGGAUAAGGUUUCGGAAGUGCAUUACUGGAUUUAGUUAUAUGUUAGAUUUAAUGCCUGUUGGUUUUGUCACAUUCUUCCUAAAUUCUGUCCUUGAUAAUCUAACAUCAACAAUUGUCAUGGUCUCCUUGUUGAGAAAACUAGUGCCUCCAUCAGAAUACAGAAAGUACGCAAUCCUGACUCAAAUUCUUCGAGACAUGAAGUUGGGCGCAUUGGAGAGAAAAGAGGAGAAGACUUGA